ACCUCCAUGGUAAAAACACUGAAAUAUAAGGAAGGACCUUUAGAGGUUAUAUAAGAUUAGUUAUUUAUUAUUUAUUAUCAACAAUUAUUAAAUAAAUUGAUAAAAGUUGUAUUAAUAUCUUUAACUGUUGCCUGUUGGUGUUGUUGUUGUGAUUGAUCAUUAUUGGUUGAUUAUUUAUUAAUUGAUCAUGUGAUGUUUUUUCUAUUUCAAAUAUCAUAAUAUAUGGAUUUGUGUUGAUAUUUGAAAAAUUAAUUGAACGUACUGAUGAAUCAUUAAAUGUUAUAAAUAUUGUCUAGCUGAUACUUGUGCAACAGCAAUAUAAUGACCACAAUUAAGAGAUGGUUUCAUAUGUGUUAAAUUGACAUUAAUUUAUAAUUUAAUUUAAGUGCUUGUUCAUUAUUGUCACGCUAUAAAUAUUGUCCCAUAUUAAUUGUUUGUUUAAAUCCAAUACAACGUGAUAUGUUACCACCAAGUACACUAAAACAUGUUAAUUGCACACAUGAAACUUUGGGUGUUUUUUAUAAACUAAAUUGUUUGGUUAGUGUACACGUCUUUUACAGAAUUCUUAUUUAUAAUCAUUAUUAUCAAGUUGUUGACAACUAAAAUAAUUUGAUGAUGCUUCAUCGAGUGUACUUGCUUUUAUAAUAUCAACAAGUAAAUCUUAAUAAUGUAAAAAUGUUGUUUAAAUAUGAUGACAAUUGUGACAUACAACUUUAGUACCUAUGUAACCACCAAACAUUUGAUUAAUCGGUGUUGUUUCUAUCAAGUUAACUGCUUUAUUUAAAUGUGCACGUUCCAUACCCUGAAGAAGAUUACGUAAAAGUUCAUGUGCAUUUUUUUGGUACUGAUGAUAGUGGGUCUUCUUUGCAUUUGUCAAUUAUUAUACUUGGUCUAACUGUUGUUGAUAUUGUCGUAUCCUGUUUAAACAAAUUAUUUAUUUUAAUAAUUUAAUUACAUUUUAAGAAUUAAAAAUAUAAUAUAUAUGUUCGGAUAAUAACUUCAUCAUUAAUAGUAGCUAUCAAAUGAACAUGCUGACCAAGUGGUAAACCAGAAACGUGUUCUAGUGUUCGUAAACCAAAUCUAAAUCAAUAAGAUGGAACCAAUUAAUAAACAUCAGUUCAAGAAAACUGAUCAACAAUUAUUUACCGCUUCAUUUAAUGUUUGUUGGGAAAUUCUUAAAAGAAAAGAAUAUUAUCUAUGUGAACAUGACACUAAUAUAUUUUCAAGGUUGGCAUUAAAUUAUGGUCAAGACAUGUAUGACGCCAUGAAAAUUAUUAUGAACAAGAUUAUAAAAUCCAAUGAACACGAUGUUGCAGUUGAAAAAUCAAAAGUUGAAUCAAUACAAAUUGUAACAACAGAAGCCACUUGUGAUUCAGGUUAUGAUGAUAAUUAUGAUCAAUCAAAUCAACAACAACAAAAACAAGUUGACAGAGUGAACAUUGACAUCAAUAACAGUCAAGACGAGGUGAUAUCAAAAAAAAGAAAAAUAUCAGUUGAUGAAAUUCAUUCCAACGAGAUAUUCAAAGCAGAUAACAAAAAAAAUAAUUGUGAUGAUCCAAGUUAUGCUCAAAAUAUAGAAAUUGCUUCUUUAAAUGAAAACUCAAUUGAAAAAUUACAUAUGACUGAUUUUAUUGAAAAGGAAGAAGAAUCAUUUACAGAAGAAAGUAUAACCAUUAAGGAAGAAAUGUUGCCAGUUACGGAUGAUCCAAUUGCUGUUAAAAUGAGUAACUCGAACGAUCACUCAAUUGCACUAGAAAUUAAAUCAAAUGAAAUGGCCAAUUAUUUUGAAUCUAUUUUUUUUAAAGAUGAUAAUCAAAGUUACUCAAAUGAAAGCAUUGAUCCUAAGAGAAAAACAAGAAUUCGUACUGGAUCACUUGCUCCAAUAAAAUAUAGUUUUUAUUCAAAAGAGGAUGAUGAACGAAGCUUUCCUAAAGAUGAAAAUUACCUUGAUGUUGAUAAUGGUGUUGAUGUUGAUGAUAAUAAUGAUGAUAAUAACCUAAAACAAAAUGAAGAGCUUGAAAAUAAAAUUAAAGUAAGUGAUGACAUUUCCUUUGAAGAAAGAGCACGUGUAGUCAAAUUGGCAACAGAAAAUCCAAAUUGGUCAUUAGAUAUGCUGAGAGAACAAAGUGGAUGUAAAAAUAUUUUUAAGUUCCAGCAAGUUGAAGCGUGGAAAAAUCAAAUUGAACAAGGAGGAUCUCCUCGUGAAAUAAUGAAUUGUGUAAAUAACUGGGUUCUAAAUAAGUGCAUUGAGAGUCAAAAGAAAGGAGAAGUACUUACAAAUGCAAAAAUUCAAGCCUUUGGACUUGAGGCCAAAAAAAUAUUUAAACCUAAAAGUUUUUCAGCAAGUGGUGUCUGGUUAAUGAUGUUUAAAAAAAACCAUGAAAUUACUGGUAAAUCAUACCAUCUAAAAAUUAAUUGUAAUUCCCAAAGAAAGAAAUCACUUACUCUCUCGAGAGUUUAUGUUCCCUACGACAUAAAAGUUAAAGUUGUUAAUCUUGCAAAUGAAAAUCGACAUUGGAGUUUGAAAAAGCUCAGAGAAAAAAGUGGUUGUAAUAAUCUUGAAAAUAUUGGUCAACUUACCAAUUGGAAAAGAGCCGUUAGAGAGUCUAGACAGAAGAAAGCCACUAGUCUCCUUACUAAAAAAAAAUAAAUCUAACUCAGUACUGUAUACGAAUAUGACAAGUAAAGAUAAAUAUACAAGUUCAAGUGAAGACAGAGGCAAACGAGGGCAUAUUUGAAGCUGAUGAUGUUAGAAUUACUCACUAAUUAUUUUCACUAGCCCGGAUCAAUCAUUAUUAAAGUCUGUUUUUUUUUAUUAAGGAUCGUUGAUCAAUCAUUUGAUUUCAUUACAACAAAAGUAACAAAUUUAUAUUGCCUAAUUUAAGAGGUUCUUUUAUAAAUAAGUGUUUUAGUAAUUAUUAUUAAUAAAUUUUUAUAAUUAUUAUAAAACAAUUGUCUUGAAUAUUUUAUUUUUAAAUGUAUUCUUCGAUAUUAAUUAUUUACUAUAAUUCAAUCAAUUAUUAAUUAGUUAGUAACACAUUUAAUUAAAAUAAAAUGUAUAAACUGUUUGAAAAUAUUAACAAUUAAUAUAAUUGAUAACUUGAAUAUUUUUUUUAAUUAAAGUAUAUGGUGGUGUAGGGAAUUUACGAUUUUCUUAAUUAUCAUCAUUAUCCUCAUUAUUGUCUGUCGUAUGUAAAAUAUUUUUCACAACAAUUUCAGCCACAGUCAAUCUGAAAAACAAAAGUAUUAUUAAAUUUAAAAAAGUGAUAAAUAUAUCGUUGUUUUUUACGAAAAAAAUGCAAAUAAUUCAAUUGUGUCAAAAUAUGUCAAUGAUUUUCUUAUUACAGUUAUGUGAUGUGGCAUGAAUAUUAAAAAAUAAUUGUUGCUUGCAAGAAUUUAGAAUACUUACUUACUACUACUACUUGUAAAACUAAAAAUAUAAAAAAUAACAAUCUAAUUUUUUGAAUGAUAAAAUGUACAAUUGUUGUGGACGAAUAAACAUACUUUUGAAAAAU